AUGAAAGGUGAAGAAAAGAAAGGAGAGGCUGAAGACGAUAUAGAUUACAUCGACGAGCAAGUUACGUGCAUGACCCUCUCUAAACGAGAACCAGUCAAAAGAGGUGGAGAGCACUCGGGGGAGAAGUAUGGACUGUGGAGGCGGGAACAAAAGACCAGGGCAGCAAGGCUAGAGAAACAGCUCAGGGUCCUUGAGGGGCAAAUUGAUGAGCAACUGAACCGCUUUCAAGCCCAUUACAAUCGGGCCAUGGUUCGUAUUAAGCUCAAGGAUGUGGCCCAACUUCUCAUGCCCAAGGGAGCUCCAGCUCAUGAACUGGCCAUCCUAUCCUGGCUCGGCGAUUGGCGGCCCUCCGCCAUUUUGCUUAUCCAUGAUUUACGUAUCGAGGAGGCUGUGAUUGAUGAAGAAAUGGCUGAGAUCCAAGCCACUUGCAUUCUCCAUCUUCCUUUCGGCCCUGUGAAUAGCCAAACUGGUGGGCCUGCGCUGUCAUGGAUCCAAUCUGAGUUUAAAAAGAUCCACGGGGUCAUCAUUAAGGCCCAAAACCUCAGGUUCAAGGCAUUAGAGUUGGUGGUGAAGAAGGUGCUAAGCCAAACUGAUGCUGCAGAAUUCUUAGUUGCGUUUGCAGGAAUCCAAGACUUGAUCCACCAGUUUUCCACCCACCAUAAGUUGCAAAAGGGUCCGGUUUCCAUGCCCAGAAAGGCCUUGGGAUAUACUUGA